UAUACCAUAAGCAUAGGUGCGUAAACGCACCUAUGCUAAAAACCACAACAGGACAGCGACAGAGACGUGAGUUUGUCAACAAGCUUACAUCCGUGUUUACAUCCGUGUAAACUGGGAGUGGUUACCUAACCGAUCAGAUACUGAUCCUACUUGAAUAGUGUGAUGUAUUUUCACUGGGAGUAUUACGCAUUCAUUUGCAAACAACAUAUUGAAAGGAGUAAACGUUGAAAGCUAUUUCUCGAAAAUGAAAUCAUUAGUGAUUAGUGUUCUGUUUGUAAGUGUUUUAGGUCUGUGUGAAUGUUGUAAAUGCGCUGUAAGGCCCGAUUUGGAUCUGGGCUGUGGAUCAGAUUUCAUAAUCAAGACCAAAGUGACAAGUAAACUUCGAAAUCCUGCGGUUCCCAACGAUUUUGACGGUUUUUACUAUUCGAUUAACCAACCAUCUUAUGUUAAUACAUACAAGUUCAAUUUCCGAUCUGAUGUAUCUGCGGCGAACAAAGCGAGAGUAUACACAAGUGAGAGUACCGCAUCGUGCGGUGUCUUUUUAAAAAGGGGAAAGACGUACAUCCUGUCAGGGAGUGUCAAUAAAGAAAAGCAGCGCAUGGAAAUCAAUUCCUGUUCAUCUUGGGUGCGGGAGUCGAGUCAAAUCAGUCCAGAGUCCCGGCAGCUGUUGAUGCAGUUUAAACAAGGAACCGUAGUAUGCCCGGAGCAAAAUUAAGCGAAAACGACAUACAUAUGAACAUUCUUUGCUAACUCAAUUGUACAUGACUGAACCGUGUACAAUACACAGAUGUCAUAGUAAACGAAAGAAAACACCAUGCUGUAUUGUUGUUAACCAUUUUAUGAAUCACGGUUUAAUAAAGGUUUGAUGGGCUAUUCCUAAUUUUAUUAUUGCACGAAUGCGUACCUGUAUGAAAACAAUGUGGCGAAACGAUGACAUUAUUUCAGCGAACGCCACCUUGUAAACCAUAUUGUUUACCUUAUGAAUUUUGUUGUAUCUGUAUAAUGAAAAGUGCACCAACGGUUGAAUAAAUUAUUGUGACACUA